GUUGCUCACUUUGUAACAACACUGAACACUGGAUUGUCACCCUGGAUUAUAAAAUAAUCUCAUUUUGAUUUGCGACGCCUGCUGGGGGAGAUAUUUUGGAUUAUUAUCACCUGGUAAUGAUGCCGACCCGGUGCUGAUUCAGGGUGUGAGAGCUAGAGGCACAGAGAGACUGACACCUCCAGUUACGCUGACUGAGUGACAGGACAGACUGGAAAGCUUGAUGGUGGUAAUAAACUAAACUAAACAGACCCAGACAGAGGCCAAAAUGGAAUUACGACUGGGAUUUCGGAUCACCUUGGUCUUCGUCAUCCUUGCCUUGACUCUGUCUCGUGAGGGAGUGGAAGCACAGAGGGCAGGGUGUAAAAAUGUCCACUAUGACCUGGCCUUUAUCCUGGAUACCUCAUCCAGUGUUGGAAAAGAGAACUUUGAGAAGAUCAGACAAUGGGUGGCCAACCUGGUGGAGUCUUUCGAUGUGGCACCAGACAAGACAAGAGUAGCUGUGGUUCGCUACAGUGACAGACCCACCACUGAGUUCAACCUGGAAAGACACAGGACCCUGGAAGAUGUGAAGCGAGCUGCCCGUAACAUACGCUACCUGGGGGGAAAUACAAUGACUGGGGAUGCUAUCAGCUACACCACCACCGACAUCUUCACGGAGCGGAACGGAGCGAGGCCCGCAGCCAGAGGCUUCCAGCGGGUGGCCAUCCUUCUCACGGAUGGACGAAGUCAGGAUUAUGUUCUGGAGCCCUCCAAGGCGGCUGCCAAAGCCGGCAUCAGGAUGUUUGCCGUCGGCAUCGGAGAGGCACUAAAGGAAGAGCUUGAGGAAAUCGCUGCUGAGCCAAAAAAUGCCCAUGUCUUCCAUGUGACGGACUUUAAUGCCAUUGACAAGAUCAGGGGCCGGCUGAGGAGGAGGCUGUGCGAGAAUGUCCUGUGUCCAAACAUGAAGGUUCAACCUGAUCGCUUUAAGCCCAACAGCACCAGUUAUGGUCUUGAAGAGGUUCCAGGGUUCGACCUGAUGGAGUUCUUCAAUGUGAGAGAUAUCCUGGGAACCAGAGUUGAUGAAGGCCAGAGUUCUUAUGUUCGCCUUGGCACCAUGCCUAUUGUACAGCAAACAGAAGACGUGUUUCCUCAAGGGUUACCGGAUGAAUACGCCUAUGUGACGACAUUCAAAUUUAGGAAAACCUCAAGACGUGAAGAUUGGUACCUCUGGCAGGUUUUUGACAAAUAUGGAAUCCCACAGGUGUCCAUCCGUCUGGACGGCGAGAACAAGGCGGUGGAGUACAACGCUGUCGGGCUGACAAAAGAUGCUGUCAGAGCUGUGUUCAAGAAGCCUGAAGUUGACAACCUGUUCGAUCGAAACUGGCACAAGAUUGCCCUCAGUGUAGAGGCCAAGGCUGUGUCUCUAUACCUGGACUGCAAACACAUCCAGACUCUGCCCAUCGAAGACAGAGAGGACAUUGAUAUCCAGGGAAAGACAGUGAUCGGAAAGAGGCUGUAUGACAGUGUGCCAAUUGAUUUCGACCUCCAAAGGAUGAUGAUCUAUUGUGAUUCCAAGCACGCAGAGCUUGAAACCUGCUGUGAUCUACCCAAUGGACCUUGCCCUAAGAAAGUGGUGACAGAGGCUCCCCCUUUGGAGAUCCCCACUCCGACCCCGACUGUUGUGGAGCAAAGAAGAGGCCCUCAAGUCAACUGCUCAUGUUCUACAGGAGAGAAGGGAGAGAUCGGUGCACCUGGUGUUGCAGGUCCCAUGGGUGAAAAGGGUGACACUGGCCCUGUGGGCGCGACUGGACCGAUGGGCCUCAGAGGAGAAAAAGGAGAAACUGGCAGAGUAAUCUCUGUCAAGGGUGAGAGAGGUGAGAAGGGUGAUACAGGCAGGAUAGGGUUGACAGGUGCUCCUGGACAAAAAGGAGAGAAGGGACUUGGUGGUGUGCCAGGUAUUGAUGGCUUAUCUGGAGACAAAGGAGAUAAAGGGGAAUCAGGACAGGCUGGUGCGCCAGGGUUGCCAGGUCCAGCUGGACUAAAGGGGGGAAAAAGAGAACAUCAUUCUGGCAUACAAGGUGAAAAGGGAACUCCAGGCUCCGCGGGUCUGGCAGGUGUGGAUGGAUUACCAGGAAAACCUGGCUUUCCUGGGAAAAACGGUUUGAGAGGACUGGCUGGUGUGCCCGGGCCCAGCGGAGUUAAAGGAAACAAGGGGGAGCGAGGCCUUCCUGGAUUACCUGGGGAUGUGUUUCAAAAAGAUGGUUUACAGGGUGAAAAGGGAGAUGCUGGACCUCCUGGGCCUCCAGGGGCUGAGGGCCCCCCAGGACCUAUUGGUCCUCCAGGUGUGCAAGGUAUGCCCGGGGAACCUGGAGAGUUUGGCCAAAGGGGCAAGAAGGGUGAAAAUGGAUUACCUGGAGUUGAUGGCCUCCCUGGACCUCCUGGUCCUCAGGGUCCAUCUGGGCCACCAGGAAACCAAGGACAUACUGGACCUCCUGGUCUUCCUGGUGAAAUUGGAUUUUCAGGCAAACCUGGGGAGUCUGGGAAGCCUGGUCUUCCUGGUAAAGAUGGACUUGACGGUCUUCAGGGAAAUGAUGGUGCUGUGGGGCCCAGGGGAGAGCGUGGAGCAGAUGGUUUUCCUGGAAAGCCUGGAACUAAGGGGGAUGAUGGCCCACCUGGACCAAGAGGACCUUCAGGGGAGAGAGGAGAAGCUGGUUCCCCUGGACAACCAGGUGCUGAUGGAGCAAGAGGAGAUAGGGGCGUUCCGGGAGAAAGAGGAAUGGAUGGACCGUUUGGGCCAAAAGGUGAAAAGGGAGACAAGGGUGAAGUUGGAACGAUGGGACCACCCGGCGCUCCAGGAAAUGUGGCAAAUGUCAUCCCUGAGCCUGGUGAACCUGGAAUACCUGGAGAAAAGGGCGAGAAAGGAGAUCAAGGCAAACCAGGAGAAAUCGGCCAACGAGGAUUACCUGGUGAACAAGGUUUCAAGGGACCAGCUGGACUGGCGGGUCCAAAAGGCGACACUGGUCCUACAGGAGAGACGGGACGUGUUGGAGACCCCGGUCCACCUGGCAUAGCUGGUCUUCAAGGUCCUCGUGGAUUACCAGGGAGCGUGGGCAUACCUGGGAUCAUUGGGCCUCCUGGUCCAGCUGGACAGAGGGGAGACAAGGGUGAAGUGGGUAAACCAGGACAAGCAGGCGCCACAGGCCCACCUGGAGAGCCUGGUUUGACUGGACCUUCUGGACCACCAGGGAAGGGCAAAGAAGGGCAAAAUGGAGAUCCAGGACCACAGGGAAUUCAAGGACCCCCAGGGCAAAAGGGUCAACCAGGGUCCCGAGGAGAAACAGGGCCACAAGGGGACAGGGGCUCCCCAGGAGAAGGCAAAGUUGGACCAGCGGGGCCAAUAGGAAAUGAUGGCAAGCCUGGACCUGCAGGCUUGAGGGGUCUACCUGGAGUUGCUGGUCCUCAGGGUCCAGCAGGACAUAACGGUUUACCAGGAAGGCCAGGAGAGAAGGGAUCACCCGGAGAGCCUGGAAAGGCAGCAGACCUCUCUGACCUAAAUCUGAAGGAUGUCUGCUCAGACUGCCCUGCAGGUCCACCCGGACAACCUGGUCUUCCAGGAGUCCUCGGAGAUAAAGGACACCCGGGUCUUCCAGGGAAAAAUGGUCAAGACGGUUUCCAAGGCCCACCGGGGCAAGUGGGACCUCAAGGACCCCCUGGAGCUGAUGGAGGAAAGGGUAUAAAAGGUGAUCGAGGACCUGCUGGAGCAGCUGGAGACAAAGGAGAAAAGGGUCACCCAGGACCCCCUGGUCAUCCAGGUCCUCCUGGCUCGAUGGGGGCAGCGGGUAACGAUGGACAGCCAGGCACCGUCGGUCCCCCAGGGCCCCCUGGAGAAAAGGGUAAAGAGGGUCUCAAAGGAAUCCAGGGACCACCAGGCCUUCCUGGCAUGAUAGGUCAGCCUGGGAAAAUGGGAAAGGAUGGCAGACCAGGUGAAACAGGAGAAUCUGGCAAGCAGGGUGAACCUGGGCCACAAGGAAACUCUGGGCUCAGGGGACUCCCGGGCUUUAAAGGCCACAGAGGAGAACCUGGAGCUCCAGGACCUAAGGGAGAAGAUGGAAAGUCUGGAUUACCUGGGCAUGACGGCAAACCUGGAAAGGAGGGCUCCAGGGGAUCAUCAGGUCCAGAAGGACUUGCUGGACCAAGAGGAGAGUCGGGCAAGCCAGGGGAACCAGGACCAUCAGGAAAAUCAGGUCUCCCAGGAGCUCCAGGUCUCAGGGGAGACAAGGGAGAGGCCGGCAACCCAGGAUUACCAGGAUUUAGCGGACCCAAGGGCCCUGCGGGUCCAGCUGGUCCGAUUGGCCCAGAGGGAAAGCAGGGGACGCCAGGCAGAAUUGGUGAUCGUGGGCUCAAAGGUGAAAAGGGCGACCCAGGUGUGAAGGGAGAUAAAGGACAUGCAGGAGAAUCAGGUAUGCCUGGAAACCCUGGACCCCCAGGCAGAAAGGGCCACACAGGAAUGAUGGGCAUGUCAGGACCACCGGGAGAACUCGGGUCUACUGGGCCACAAGGACCUUCAGGAAACCCUGGUCUUCCAGGCCCAAGGGGAGAGUCUGUGUCACUGGAGCAGAUGAGACGGCUCAUCCAGGAAGAGCUGGCGAAACAAUUAGAUGCCAAACUGGCUUACCUCAUGGCUCAGAUCCAACCAGCCCAUGUAAAGAGUACUGCAGGCCGUCCUGGACCUCCGGGCAAUCCAGGUAAAGAUGGCAGCACCGGCCGACCUGGCCCCCCUGGAGAGCCUGGUAUGCCUGGACAGAAUGGAGGAGAAGGACCCAGAGGACCCAUGGGCCCUAAAGGUGAGAAAGGAGGAAGAGGAGAGAAAGGAGAAACUGGUAUUGGUGAAAGAGGAGAGCAUGGCCUUACUGGCCCAGUCGGUCCCCCUGGCCUACCUGGCUACGGUAAAGAUGGAAGCCCAGGACAAGCUGGGUCCCAAGGAGAGCCUGGAAACCCCGGCCCCCACGGUCAGCCUGGACCCCCAGGUCCUACUGGCCAAUGUGAUCCCACCCAGUGUGCCUAUUACGCCAGCCUGGCACAAAGACCCCACACCAAAAACGUCAAGGGGACUUAAGAAAGAAAAGACACACAGAGCAUGAAGUCCAGCUGUAUUUAUGAACUUGCGGUUGUGUCGGUCUCAAUCAAGAACUUUUACUUUUUCAAGAUAACCUCAGUACGGAGGGCUGAAGCAAUAUGUGCUGCGGGUCAGAUUCUUUGUUUUGUUUGUUUUUGGUAUGAGGGGUGGGACAGACGGAUUGAGCAUCGGGGACUUUUUAAGAUUUGAUAAUGGGGUAAAGAGGGCAGCUAAACAGUUUUUUUUCCUCACUUGCAUUCUUCCUGUAAAAUAUAUAUAGGGAGAUAACAAGGAUGACGCACUUCCCUCUUGAACGGCUCUCAUCGGGGGUAAAGAUUUGGAAUCCAGAUAUUGGAUCAGUAAUUAUCUCAAAACGUACAGCGGGGCCUUUUUCUCGCAGGAAUAUCUCAUCAUCACAGCUUUUUUUUUUCGUCCUGCCUCACACCAUUUUGCAUCCACAGCCUACAAUUUACUACAUCAAGCCCUAGCUGUCAUUUCUGCUCACUAAAUUGAUCCUGUGCUGGGGAUCCGUCUGUUGGUUAUGACUCAGUCAUGGAAAUUAUCUGUUCUGUUGUCACCAAUUUAAAGGGGGGUGGGGAGGGGGGUACGGCAUGAGGCACAAUCUCGAAUACCACUAGUGAUUUUGUGUAGGAGGAGUGUUAAUGAGUUGGUGUGGAGAGAUGAAUGACCAUAUUUGUCCACUUUUUGCCUCCAGACCACAGUUCCACCAAAGAACAGCUAGUAAAAUAAAAUAACUUUCAGAAAUUUCCACCUUUAAAUAAAUUGAAGUUUUUGCUCGACUUGUAUAAGACAACAGCUCUGAUUUGUUUAGACAAGACAUGUAACAAGAUGUCAAGAAGUGAGAUUAAACUGGAGGCAGUGAAAAUAACUUGUCACAAUCCAUAAAUUGGCAAUGUUCUUUCAAGCCUUUGGAGAGAUUUGAAGGAUUCUUUCCUAAAUUAGCUAUUGACCCAAACAAACCACACUGUAUUCACAGUAUCAGUUUUACAUAAAUGUAUCUUUUUAAUGGAAAAUAUCUAAUGUUAUAAAAUGGCAUGUAUGCACAAGUCAUGCAGUAUAUGCCAUGUAAUCAUUUGUUCAGCCACAGUAAUUCUUAUAAACUCAGAUGUCGAGAUAGGAAGAAAUGCCAAUGUCAGAUUUGAACUGUUGCGUUUAAUGAAGUGUCCCUGGCCAUUCUCUCUCAGAGGUGUGCAUGGACUUAAACAGUGAACAGCUUUUAGGAGGUGGUAUAAUUGCAGCUUUGUUCACCUUUCUUGAAAAGCUGUUUGUUUCUCUCUGCUUUCUCUGAAUGUGUCACUUCCUUUCUGUUCACUGAGGCUUAUUAAGUGCCUACGCUGUGGCAGGGGCCUGGGCAACUCGGCCUUGCUCUGAAAAGACAUUUCUUUUCUUUUUCGUUCCCUAGGACCUAAAAUUAGAGAGUCGCUUCCCUGCAUCCCGAUGACCAGAGCAUUUUGGUAACCAUUUGAAAGAUGUUUUGCCUCAUGUCCCUCACGGACCAAUUAAACUUCUCGCCAGCCUCUAUCAUGCUGGUCAUUGAAAAUCUAUUAAAUACCCUCCACAAAGGUUAUCACAUUUGUCUUUCGUUCAGGAACAUGAAAAACACAUAAAUAGCUACAAGAGCAUAAGGGAAGUGGUUCAAUUCUGAGGGAGCGAUUAUAGACAUUAAAUAUUACGGACUGCCACAUAUGUGCCAGUCAUAUCUAUCAUCUUGUUCAGGUUAACUAAUGGAUGGUCAUUCAUGAAAUAAUGUCAAGAUCUCGACCUCAUUUUGAAAAUGAUGAUUAGUAUUUCUUUGCCAUCUGAAAUGAGAAAUGCUGAAUUCAUAGGUGAAAAACCUUUUUUUUGGGUCAGAUUUUGAUUCUGAUGGCUAAUAUUUGCUAAUGUUGGCAAAAGGUUGAAGUUAAAAUUUGCUGUCCUCCUGUAAUUCUCACAUUUGGCCACAUGUGGUUGGUAACCUCUGCUCAAUAAUAAGUUACAAAGUUCGAUCGGCUAAUUUAAACGAGAGUAAAGAAAUGAAUUGAAAAAGUCUCUUCACAGAUUAUUCAUGAACAUGUCAUAAAUAAUGCAAAGCAGCCAGCAGGUUGGACCUACUAGCUUGCGUUAACACCGUAAAAAUGGUUUUCUUUUUAAGAAAUGUCAACUUACAACAGAUAAUGAAUAUUUUUAUUCAUUUUACAAUUCAACAUAACCGACAAACUUCACCGCUGACCAAUCCAAUUCUUUUUCUUAGGCCUUUAAAGGAGCUCAACUACAUUGACGAUUGUCUGUAUCUACAGUGCAUUAUGGCUCCUUUCGUGUCAGUGGUAGAGAGCGGCUUUAAAUGCAGUGAAGUUCAAAUAAAUGUACAGUAUUUUUAGAAAUUUGGUCCAAGAUCAUGGGAUUGGAAACCUGCUCUUUAAGCCAUGAUAUCUAAUAUCCGUCAGCUGCUUCUGUCAGUGGUUUAAUGUUUAACAGUCCAACCGUAUCAGUAUUGCUAUUUCCUGUUUCUGAUUUGUUAAUGCUUAUCAAUAGUCUUUGUUACAGCAUGGGACAGUAGGUUUCUGCAAUAAGGCCAAUAUUUUGUAAUGCUUAUAGUCCAUACAUCUUUCAUUAUUCAACUUGGCUUUUUUGCUGAUAGAUUUUUUUAAGUUAUAUUGAUAAAUUAUUCACAAUCAGAAUCGAUACAAGUGUGUUUCAAAGCAUGAACUAAAUUUGAUUAUCUUGUUUUCCCCAUUUUCCUCCUGACAAAUUGGUGCUAAGAUAUUUUAAAUGAGUAGCAUAUUGUAAGUAUUAGAAAGACAGAUGUACUGUACUGUAUAAUAAAGAAGGGAACAGAUUCAUUUUAUAA